UAUUUUGGUUUCUUCUUACAGAGUCUGUAUUGCCAUGGUGUAAAAUUUGAUUUUAUUGGGAAGAAAUCUUCACGGUGACCUUCAGCAGAGUAACUAGAAUAAUAACUCACUCCCUUCCAUGACAGUGCUACCUAUUUCAACAUGGUCCUCACUUUUUGAGCUUUUUGUUCUGCUUCCUUCAACAGUGGACACUGAAGUGCCAAUCUUUGUGAUACUGUUUAAUUUGCACAGCAGGAUCUACACGACCAAACAGAUGGCAGAUCUCAGUCAGGAAAAUACAACUGCAAAAUGCACUGAGUGUUGCACAUCAUUUGGACCAAGCAAUGUUGUACUUUUUUGCCCCCGUUGCAAUAAUGGCACCAUGUGCCCUGAAAAAGCUGUAGUAGAGACCUCAGAUUCACCAACUACUUCAGUGAGUGAAUGUUCGGAUCCCGAAGACACCAUGUCAAAGAAACAAACAUCUUAUUUAGCAAAUAUGCCAAAGUCAGAACUAACAGACUCUCAGAGGAAAAUGCUCAUUACCACCCCAGGCAUUCGUGGCAGUAAUACAGAAUUCAAAGUUCCUCACACGCGAAUAGAAGAUGGAGCAGCAAUUCAGGAAAUUUAUUCUUUUGGAAGGAAAUUAGGACAAGGCAGCUUUGGUGUGGUGAUUGAAGUAACAGACAAAGAAACAGGCAUGAAGUGGGCAAUCAAGAAAGUGAACCGGGAAAAGGCGGGGAGUUCUGCAGUAAAACUACUUGAAAGGGAAGUGAGCAUCCUAAAAACAGUAAACCAUGAGCAUAUAAUACAUCUUGAACAGGUGUUUGAGACUCCCAAGCGUGUGUACCUUGUAUUGGAGCUAUGUGAGGAUGGAGAACUUAGAGAGAUUCUGCAAAGAAAAGGUCAAUUUACAGAGAACGAGACACGGCACAUCAUUCAGAGUCUUGCCUCAGCAAUAGCAUAUCUUCACAAAAGAGAUAUUGUUCACAGAGAUCUGAAAUUGGAAAACAUUUUAGUUAAAAGCAGUGACAUUGAUGAACAAAAUGAAAUGAAAUUAAAUAUAAAGGUGACUGAUUUUGGUUUAGCUGUACAAAAGAUGGGAGGAAGCGAAAGCAUGUUCCAGUCUACCUGUGGGACUCCUAUCUACAUGGCCCCAGAAGUGAUCAGUGCACAUGACUAUAGCCAACAGUGUGAUGUUUGGAGCAUAGGUGUCAUUAUGUAUAUGCUAUUAUGUGGUGAUCCACCUUUUAUGGCAGGCUCUGAAGAAAAGCUUUUUGAACUUAUAAAGAAAGGAGAUCUUCAUUUUAAGCAUUCAAUCUGGGAUACAGUCAGUAAGGCUGCCAAAGCUGUGUUGGAGCUGCUUCUGAGAGUAGACCCCGCCCACAGAAUGACUGCUAAUGAAUUGCUUCACAUCCAGUGGAUAACAGGUGAAACAGACAUUUUCCCAAGGCCAUGUAAUGUCCUAGAGUUGAUGAAGAAGUGGAAUAACGACAUCAACACAGACAGUAGAGAAGUAGACCUUCUGGAAGUUGAACUGAAUGGCGCAUCAUCAACUUCACAACAAGAAAUCCGUGAAGAACAUAAUAGACUUACUAGCAGCAAUGGCAACUUAGAGGCCAGUAUAGAAACAGAAACAGAGAGUGGGAGCAGCAAAUCCUCCACGCCAACAAAACAAGUAAAAGUUAACCUGACUCGUAAGAAAAAAAACCACAGCAACACUUUACCAAAUGGGACAUUGCGGAAGAAAAGUUCACAUACCAAGUCAACUUCCAACAUUCAGAGUGGUGGAAGUGGGUCGGUGUCUCCAGGAUCAGUUGCAAAACGGAUGCAGGAUAGCCAAGAGAAGAAAACUGAAAUGGAAAAGUCUUCCUUUUCUCUGAGUCAUGCGUCUCCAAGCAAAAGUUCACAAAAAUCAACAACCCUUAGUGGCCUACUCAAAACGAAAAAGAAAUCUUAGGGGGUAUCCAUCAACUCAAAGUGAAGUUCUUAUGAAGUAACUAGUGCCGAUGCCAAAAUGUGGCAGCUUUAUAAAAAGGACCAAUGUAGCCUGAACUCUUUUGCAUUUUGUUGUUGUUCUGAGAUCUAUAAUCAUCAAGAGAGCUCUAGCUUCACAGUAGUGCUGAUAAAAGUUCUGAAGCAGUGUGAAUUCCUAACCUAUGUGAGGGCAUCCACUGGUCGUAUUACUUUCAGAGCAAGAGCACAGAAUUGUGUAAAAAUCUGUCUUUUAUUUAUUGUAUUGUUCAGGCAAACGACUAGUUUCUUUCAAUCUACUUUCUAUGUUUUUCUUAAAUUUGCUUUGUAAAGUCACAAACGUUUGUUGCAUGGGGGAAUAAGGAGCCAAAAUAUGUAAUGGCUAGGUGGUAUGUAUGUAUGUAUGUAGAUUGCGCUUAUAACCUUGUAGGCAUUAUAACUUGUGUACCAAGGUCAGUGGAUUUUGUUUCUGAUAUUUUUUAUGGCACUUUAGUUUGUUUAGAAAACAUACUUUAAACAUUUUUAGGUAUUAUGAAAAUUGCUAAGGUUCAUAUUGCUGCUAAAACUCUUGUGUGUUUAAAUAAAACAGAUCUUAGAAAAAUA